AUGCGUCUGAUGGCGAUGCGACUUCGGCUGCUACAGCGCCCCGUGCGCUCGAGCAAUGUUGCACUCCUCUCCACCAAAGCACCCGAUUUCUCUGAUAUCGUGUAUGGUCAGGACACCGGUGUGCGCACGGUACAGUUUAACCGGCCAGAAAAGCUUAACGCGUUGACGCUCCCGAUGGCGCUGCAUCUGAUGCAUCGAUUACACAAGUUUGAGGCGAACAAGACGGUCAACGCUAUCGUUUUUUCUGGUAAUGGUGGUAAGGCUUUUUGCGCUGGUGGUGAUAUCCGCGCGCUGGCCGAUAAUGGUAAAGACCCGGCCACACGUCACUUCGCCCUCGACUUUUUCCGCCACGAGUAUCGCUUGAACUAUCUUUUAGCGACCACCGAGAAGCCCAUCAUUUCGUUUCUUAACGGCGUUACUAUGGGUGGCGGCGUAGGGCUUUCAAUGCACGGCAAGUUUGUGGUAGCCACUGAGAAGACGGUAUUUGCAAUGCCAGAGACUGCAAUUGGCUUUUUCCCGGACGUCGGAGCCUCUUAUCUACUACCCCGUCUUGGACGUCGACUAGUAGAGGGUGAAGAUUACGUAGCUGAUGUUCCCAAAUCGCAGGCGCUUAAGGGUCAGGGUCUAGGUACAUAUCUCGCAUUAACUGGCGAGCGACUCAAGGGCCAUGAAGUUAUUGGUUUGGGACUCGCUACCCACUAUCUUCCCACGAGUGAAUACGAUACAUUGGUGCAUCAAUUGACAGGUUUUGAAUUUGAGGACCAAGUGCCCCAAGAGGAGCGGGAUGAGAUGAUUCACGAAGCUAUAGCGGAGCUCGAGACGGACGAGGCAUUUCAAGAAGUUGACCCUGGAUAUCUUGAGACAGUUGAACAAGUCUUUGGUGCUUCCAAUGAGAAUGACACAUUGGAGGGCAUUUUCGGACGCCUGGAGAAGCUUAACACAGAGUGGUCUCACGAGACGCUUGCUAACUUAAAAAAGAUGUCACCUUUGAGUCUAAAAGUUACGCUAGAGCAGAUGCGGCAGGGUGCUGGGAAGACAUAUGCUGAGUGUUUUCAGAUGGAAUACCGCAUAGCUACAAGAAUGAUGGAGAAUCCAGACUUUUUUGAAGGUGUACGCUCAGUUGUUGUGGACAAAGAUCGCAAUCCAAAGUGGUCAAAGCGCGACAUCACCAAAGUAACGGCAAAAGAAGUGAACGCAUUUUUCAAGCCUCUCGAAAAAGACCAAGAAUUGAUUUUGUAUCCAUCAGUUACGGCAACGACGGAAAAAGAGUAA